CAGCAUUCCACCGCAAUAUGGAAAUGCCCCCGUACACAAACAUUUAUCAUCGAUUAUCUUUAAUCGAUAAUCUUUUAAAACGAUUAUCAACAAAUAAACACAUACCUGAGCCUGACGUCACUUGUCAAAAAAUCUGACGCACAAAAGGAGCUCUAUAAAGAAAUUUACGUAAACAUGUGGGGCAGUUUCAAAUCAUUUUUUGUCCAAGAAAAUGCUGAGGCAACUGAUGCUGUAAAAAUAAGUGAACCUGAUGACAUAGAAGGCUGGGUAUUAGUGGAUAUUGAUGGAAAUGAAAUACGAGAAGAUGCCUCUGUUCCUGUAAAAAAUUUGAAACCUGAAUCUCACCUAAGUCCUUUGCCUCUUUUGGACAUAAGUAACACAAACACUCCCCAAAGCUCUCCUCAACUUAGCCCAACAAAAAUCGAAGAAGGUUGGUUUGUUGCUCCCCCACCAUGUUUCUUGGUGAAUUGUCCCAACCAGCUGGAGGUUUCACCGUUGGAGAACUUGUUGAUCGAACACCCCAGCAUGAGCGUCUACGGUCGAUUUCCUGGUUACCUGAAAGACAAAAAGACCGAAAAGAGCUCCCAAGAGAAUUUAAAGGCAAGUGGUGUCGGCAACUCAAAUCCUGGCAACAAACCUUUUGAACGCACAACUGAGCUUCCUGGUUGGGAGGUUGAAAAAGUUUCUGCUAACUCUCCUACUUCGAAUGAUGUACAAAAACCUCGCAAGAUUGAUCUCAAAAGUUUAAUUGUUCAAACAGAAAACACUAAGCCCACUCAUUAUACUAAGUGGGAGGGUGAGCAGUACAAACUUUGUCCUUCGUAUAUCAAUCGGCAAAAUAGAGUCCACCGCUACCAGUCAAGGAAACACCACAAUCAAAAAAAGAAGAGUUUGGCUAAGCCUUUUGCAGAAAAAGGCAGCAAGCAUACUUUUUGAUGUAUUUAUUAAUAGCUUAACACCCAUUUCUUGCUUUACUGUGUAUUCUACCGAUGUUAUUGGUCUGAUGAAUGAAAUUGUACAAUCUAAGUUCAGGUUUUAAUAUCUGUUGUGCAAAAUCUACAGUAAGCGUAACAAUUUGCUUGAUUUAUGUUGUAAAAUAGUUAUUUUUGAGCCAAAGAUUUGAACAAAAGUAUUGAUUUAAUGAAUAAUGUGCCAUUUAAGAUUUUAGUUCACUUUGGCCAUAUUCAGUUCUUACUUUGAUUGUAAAUAAUUGUAAUUAUAUAUUGCAAAGCACAAUUCACAUUUUCUUGUACCAAAAAUUAUUAAAAGAUUGGUUGGAAUCUGUGACUAACAUGAAAUAACAUAAUUGUAAUUCGCAUAUAAAAUUUACCUAGCUGAAAAAAAAAUGUUUUUUUUUUGAAUUGUGAUUUUAAUUAUAAAUCUUUUUUUUAGCUUUUUUGUCUCAAAUUUUUUGUAAAUAAACACACAGCGUAAGUGUUAACACUAUCCAUAAAAGAGUAUGAAUAAACUAUCAUCUUCAUGUAAAUAAUAAAGUUAUACAUUUAUUUGCCAAAUUCUAGACUGACAUUUAUGAAAAGUCUUACACAAAGAAUUUUCUUAGCAUCCAUCCUUAGCAAUAAAUGAAAUGUAAUGAACAUCAAUUUGUAAUAUUUUAUUGCUUUCCAAACAUUUUAAGUUAUUGGAGCAUAAUUGUCUUAGAAUUUAAACAAACUUUUCAGAAAAGUUGUGUGUUAGCCAUUAGAUAAUUUUUAAUUCAUUUAUUUUGUUUGAAUAGUAAAGACUAAUAUAACUAUGAUCCAUACACAAAUAGUAGAAAGUGAAUUAGUAUGUAUUGUUUUCAAUCAGCCUAAGGUUUCUAAAAUUGUUAUUUUACUUUUAUUUAAAGCAUAUUUAAAAUGGUUUGUUAGGUUUGAACAGCUGUGUAAAUGAUGAUUCAAAACCAAAGAUAGCCAUAAUUUCUAUUUUGCUCUCAUUUAAAAACAUUACAGAAGUAUGUAAUGAAUUGUUUCUAAGUGAUAUUUUGUGUAAAUUAUCUCAACGCAUGGUGGACUGGUGAUUUUUCAUGCCCAAGCGUUGUUUGUUAGCUUGUCACCAACAACGUUUGAGCAUGAAAUCAAUAUUAAGAAUGUUUUACUUCUGUAUUUAAUUAUAAAAUAAUAGCCUUUGGCGUGUUAUAGUGUUUGUGAAAAAUUGCUAGUCUACAAAGUGUUUAAAGUUUAUGUGUAAUAGGAAAUAUAGAUUAUUUGUAGUCUUUAUAUUUUGUUUGCAAACUUUCAAUUUGUGAAAUCCCUGACAUUUAUUUAAACUGUUAACAUUCUAAGCUUUUUAAUUUGCCAUCAAGACAGGUUUUUGAUAAUUACGAGAUAAUGGUUUGUUGCCAAAUGUACUUGGAACCUUCUUCCACUCCUAGCAGCAUUUAAAGAUUGUCUCUUAGUAUUUUUUAUCCACUGGUAUUUGUAAAUUUUAGCUGACUUGGAAAAAUUAAAUUAACGUUCUAUAGUUAAAAAAACUGAAAUAAGAUUUUUCAAAAAUUUCACUUAGAAGCUUUACUUACUAAGUUUUUUAAGUUCUAAUUUUACUUUUGCUGUGUAUGGAUCUUAAUUAUGAAUGAGUAACAUUAGUUCCCAUUAAAAAACAAUUUCAUGUUUAGAAUAUUUUAAAUUAUAUUGAAAUUUCUUUGAAGUUUAAUUCUUAUAUGCUUUUAAAAUAGUUCAAUUUUAGAAUUAGUUUAGUGUUUAAGUGUGUGUAUCGAGGAAUAUAUAUAUGUUUUCCAUGUGCUAUUAAUAAAUUGUAAAUAACAUCAUCAAAUGUUUCAUAAAUUUGCGAGUAGUAUAAACCUUUGUUUUCUCAUUAGUGUUUAUAUUUCAUUAUAUAAUUUAAUUAUAAAGUGUUUUAAUUGCAUUUAGUAUAUCAAAAACUUGUUUCAUUUUUUUUCUCUCUUACAUUUCAUAAAGUUAUAUUUUUAGAGUAUUAUAAGUUUGUUAAAUAUUAUUUUAAUGUUGUGUAAGUAAACUAAUUUUGUAAAUAAUUUAAUAUUUUAUUUCAUUAAGUGUGGCUGGAACCAAUAUUUUGUCUGCUGUUUUAAGUUAAUUUGCAAUGUUUAAAACUGGUCUGUAAAUAGCAUGCAUGGAUUUGUGAAAAAUGUAAAGUAUUUUCAUUUUGUUAGGUUUUGUUAUUUAAUGCUGUCACAAAGGUAAACAAAUUUCUUUUUACUAUGAGACACAUAAUUCAUAAUGCAAAAUAGUAUUUUUUUUUUGCUUCACAGUAAAAUGGCCUUGUUUGUCUUAAACGGCUCUCUUUGUUCUGAAAAUUUAGUGAUCAUUAGAUUUGAUUUCAUGAUAAAUUUUCUGGAAAUACUUCCUCAAAAUAUCGUUGUUGUGAUGGUUAAAUAAUACUGGCAUUUCGUGAUGUAUACCUCAGAACUGGCAAUCAUUUUAGUAGAAACUGAAAUCGUGAGGAUUUGUCCCAGAAAUUUAAUUUUUUUGUUGAUUACCACAUUGGUUAUUAACAUUAUAGACAGGUAUGUGUUUGUACACAUAUAUGUUCUAAAUUAGCAUGUCUAAUUAACUCCUUGACAUAUCAUUGGAACUCUAAACUGUGCGGAAUUGUAAAUUUCUGGAUAUAGAAAUGAUCUUUGAUUGCACUGUGAACACCAACUCGCAACGGAAUGUCAACUGCUCCGGACACGCCAAAAUAAUUUUUAAAGAAACGGUAAAUGACUACAAACUAAAUUUUGCAAAUAUUUGUCUAUUUUUGCUUGCUUUUUAAAAGGUAUAGCAUGGCAUAACUACUAUGAAGUGGUGAAUUAUAUAAGCCUACAAAUUAUUUCGAAAUAGUGGUGGAUAAAAAUCUACUAAAUUGAAUUUAUUAAACCAAGAAUUACAAUUGAUGAACUACCACUUUCAAAUAUUUAUUUGCUGUCCGGAGCAAGUUACCUCUCUGUGUUGAAGACUUCUGAGACACGUCAAUUAUUGUUUUGACGUACGAAACAAAUGACGUCUUCGUACGUCAAGGGGUUAAUGAUCUAACAUGCUGACCAUAAACUAGCCAGUUUAUCGCAAUCGAGACAUCUUUCAUCAUUGAGUGAUCGAACUUUCCGUUUUUCGCUACUUUUUGCUGUAAAAUGUGUGAACAUUAUUAUUGAUAUGCACAAGUUAAACUGUCAGUUAGUUGCUCUCAAGAGGUUUUGGUUACGACUUGGCUAAUGUUAGUCUUGUUAACGUUAACAACAUCUAACGUUAAUCUAUACAUAUAAUAAUGUUAAUCUAUAUAAUCUAAUAAAAGUAACCAAACUUGCUAUUUGUCUCUACAUUUUCUGCCAACUGCAUAAGUCACCUGAUUUUAGAUUAGUUGAUGAAUUAUCAGUCUACCAAGUCACUUGGUGAUAAUUGAUGACAUUCUGCACAGUUCAUAUGUGUCUCAUGUCACCUAUCUGUAGAUGUCACUAUGAAUUAUUUUCUGCUGACUGCACAUGUCACCUGAUUUUAGAUUAGCUAAUGAAUUAUCAGUCGACCAAGUCACUUGGUGAUAAUUUAUGACAUUCUGCACGGUUCGUAUGUGUCUCAUGUCACCUAUCUGUAGAUGUCGCUAUAAAUCAUCAGUAGAAGCCUAAUGAUGCUUCAUUAUAAAUGAUGUUAACCUUUGAGACUAUCAAAAUAUAAAGCUAUUGUAUAAUUUGCUACUUUUUGUUUAUCAUGUUUUGUGUCUGAAAAAAAAAUCCAUAUGGCCAGUCUGUGAAGCUUGUUCAUUGAAAUGUAUACUUAAACAUUUGUUCGAAAUAUUGUAGAUAUUGUUCGGAAUUCUUCUGUGUAUAUUGCAUUAACUUUUAAGGAAAUUACUACACUAAGCUGCAUUCUCAACCAUAUAUAUCCACAAUCACACCCACUGUUCAAAUAUUGUGAUAUUAUACAAAAAAAAGGAUAUUUUAAGAAAUUUUACUUCAUAGAACUUGUGUUUUUGUGUGAGAGUAUUUAUUGUGUGAUGAUUAAAUGUUAUAUAAUACAGCUUAUAGGAUGUGUACAUUUAAGUAUAAAGUAAUGUUUGUGUGUUAGUUGGCAGUGUGUUAAAUAGAUUGAAUUUAUUAAGAUACGGAUUUGUUUGCUUAAUGAUGUAAAUUAAGAUGAACUAGUAAUGUGCAAAUAUGUUAAGUGUGCAAUGUUAUUUAAAAAAUAAUGUUGUUAAAUGUGUAAUAAGAGAUGUCAAACCUUUUUUGAAUGGGCGUUACAUUUGUUACUUGUAAUAUAAGUGCCUUUUUGUGUAAGGAAAGCGUACAUUUUGUUUAUGAGCGUUUAGUUGUAAAUGCGCAUAACUUUUGAGUAAAGAAUUAUCAAAUACUGAAGUCAAUAUCAUCCAAACAUUCCAUACCAAAUUUUGAAAUAUUCGAGUGAUUAUAACAUUGAUGUUUGCAAUGAGGGAACACUGUACUUUUUCUUUUUCAAAAUAAAAAGUAAAAAUAAAAAAAUUUAAAAAUA